AUGGGUCACCAGCAACUGUAUUGGAGCCACCCGCGAAAAUUUGGCCAGGGUUCCCGCUCUUGCCGCGUCUGCUCAAACCGGCACGGUCUCAUCCGGAAAUAUGGCCUCAACAUGUGCCGCCAGUGCUUCCGUCAGUACGCGAAGGAUAUAGGCUUCAUCAAGUGUGCGCGUUCGGCCAACACCGUAUCUCUCCUUUAA